GUGAGAUUAUUCCUUAGUACAGAUACGCGGCAAUAUUUUUAUCUGACUACCUGUCAUUCCGUCCGAUUGAACUUUGGAGUUUCAAUUUUACAACUUUUGUAGAAGUUUACUGAACACAAACUGUGAUAUAAUUCUUAUAAAAUUUUAAUUAUUAGUUGCUAAAAAUGACGAAAUUAAUCCAAUUCGGCGUUAUAGCGAGGAACUUUUCUAGUUCUGCUGCUAUGCAAAAUGCAAUCAAGAAUGUUACAGUUAUUGGAGGUGGCCUAAUGGGCUCCGGCAUCGCCCAGGUCUCUGCACAAGCAGGCCAGAAUGUGAUCCUGGUUGAUGUCAGCUCUGAUGUGUUGGCAAAAUCUCAGAAGUCUAUUGGGGCCAACCUCGGCAGGGUAGCAAAGAAGGUGUACAAGGAUAAACCUCAGGAGGGAGAGAAAUUUGUAUCUGAAGCCAUGGCCAGGAUCAAGACCAGUACUGACCCCUCUGAGGCUUCCAAGUCUGCUGAUCUUGUUGUUGAGGCAAUCGUUGAGAACAUGAGUGUCAAGCAUAAGUUGUUCUCUCAACUUGAUGCGGUAGCACCAAACCACACAAUCUUUGCAUCCAAUACUUCUUCAUUAUCAAUCAAUGAAAUCUGCUCUGUAGUGAAGAGGAAAGACAGAUUUGGCGGUCUACACUUUUUCAACCCUGUGCCUGUGAUGCGCCUACUAGAAGUAGUGCGAGGAGCAGAGACUUCUGAUGCUACUUACAAAACAAUGAUGGAAUGGGGCAAGGCUGUUGGCAAGACUUGCAUUACAUGCAAGGACACACCUGGGUUUGUGGUCAACAGGCUCCUUGUACCCUACAUCUGUGAGGCUAUCAGACUGUAUGAAAGAGGCGACGCGUCUGCUCGUGACAUUGACACCGCCAUGAAGCUAGGUGCCGGAUACCCCAUGGGACCUCUCGAGCUCGCCGACUACGUCGGUCUCGACACCAACAAGUUCAUCCUCGACGGCUGGCACAAGAAGUACCCUGACCAGCCUCUAUUCAAUCCUAUCCCAUUGCUGGACAAACUGGUAGCUGAAGGCAAACUUGGUGUCAAAGCUGGUGAGGGCUUCUACAAGUAUGAUAAGAAAUAAAAGCUGAAUUUAUUUAUUUUUAAGAAUCAUGUUUGAAUCAAUAUACCCAUGUUAACAUUAUAAAAGAAUUUAUCUA